AUGGCGCUCAACGAUGAGGUUGUAGCACUUGUUGUGGACAAUGGCAGCGGUGUGUGCAAGGCUGGCUUUUCCGGUGACGACGCACCGCGGUCAGUGUUCCCGUCCAUCAUCGGCCGGCCCAAGAUGCCUGGGAUCAUGGUCGGCAUGGACAUAAAAGACCUCUGCGUGGGGGAUGAGGCGCAGACCAAGAGGGGUGUGCUCACGCUGAAGUAUCCCAUCGAGCAUGGCAUCGUGACAAACUGGGAUGAUAUGGAAUCUUUGCUGCCGCUGGCAUGGUUCUACAACGAGCUGCGGUGCUCACCGGAAGAGCAUCCAGUGCUCUUGACAGAAGCGCCAUUGAAUCCCAAGGCUAACCGAGAGCGAAUGACGCAAAUCAUGUUCGAGACCUUCAACGUUCCAGCCAUGUACGUCGCCAUCCAAGCCGUGCUGUCCUUGUAUUCUUCUGGCCGAACCACGGGCAUUGUGAUGGACAGCGGUGAUGGCGUCAGCCACACGGUGCCCAUCUACGAGGGCUAUGCGCUACCCCAUGCCAUCCUGCGAUUGGAUCUGGCUGGCCGUGAUCUCACGGAGUACAUGAUGAAGAUCCUCACGGAACGAGGCUACGCUUUCACCACCACUGCAGAGAGGGAGAUCGUGCGCGACAUGAAAGAAAAGCUUUGCUACGUUGCGAUCGACUUCGACAGUGAGAUGAAGGCUUCCUCCGAAAGUAGCGACAAGGAGAAGACGUAUGAGUUGCCAGAUGGAAACAUCGCCACAGUGGGCAAUGAGCGUUUCCGCUGUGCCGAGGUUCUUUUUCAACCAAGCUUUGUGGGCAAGGAGGCCAUGGGCAUCCAUGACACAACCUUUCAGUCCAUCAUGAAAUGCGAUGUGGAUAUCAGGCGAGAUUUGUACGCCAACAUUGUGCUCUCAGGUGGCACGACCAUGUUCCCGGGCAUCGGAGAGCGCAUGACCAAGGAGCUGACUGCACUUGCGCCCGCCACCAUGAAGAUCAAGGUUGUGGCCCCGCCUGAGCGAAAGUACAGUGUGUGGAUUGGCGGAUCCAUUCUGUCCUCUCUGAGCACCUUCCAGCAGAUGUGGAUCUCCAAGGGGGAGUACGACGAGAGUGUCGCCAUGGCUCUCAACGAUGAGGUUGUAGCACUUGUUGUGGACAAUGGCAGCGGUGUGUGCAAGGCUGGCUUUUCCGGUGACGACGCACCGCGGUCAGUGUUCCCGUCCAUCAUCGGCCGGCCCAAGAUGCCUGGGAUCAUGGUCGGCAUGGACAUGAAAGACCACUGCGUAGGGGACGAGGCGCAGACCAAGAGGGGCGUGCUCACGCUGAAGUAUCCCAUCGAGCAUGGCAUCGUGACAAACUGGGACGAUAUGGAAUCUUUGCUGCCGCUGGCACGGUUCUACAACGAGCUGCGGUGCUCACCCGAAGAGCAUCCAGUGCUCUUGACAGAAGCGCCGUUGAAUCCCAAGGCCAACCGAGAGCGAAUGACGCAGAUCAUGUUUGAGACCUUCAACGUUCCAGCCAUGUACGUCGCCAUCCAAGCCGUGCUGUCCUUGUAUUCUUCUGGCCGAACCACGGGCAUUGUCAUGGACAGCGGUGAUGGCGUCAGCCACACGGUGCCCAUCUACGAGGGCUAUGCGCUACCCCAUGCCAUCCUGCGAUUGGAUCUGGCUGGCCGUGAUCUCACGGAGUACAUGAUGAAGAUCCUCACGGAACGAGGCUACGCUUUCACCACCACUGCAGAGAGGGAGAUCGUGCGCGACAUGAAAGAAAAGCUUUGCUACGUUGCGAUCGACUUCGACAGUGAGAUGAAGGCUUCCUCCGAAAGUAGCGACAAGGAGAAGACGUAUGAGUUGCCAGAUGGAAACAUCGCCACAGUGGGCGAUGAGCGUUUCCGCUGUGCCGAGGUUCUUUUUCAACCAAGCUUUGUGGGCAAGGAGGCCAUGGGCAUCCAUGACACAACCUUUCAGUCCAUCAUGAAAUGCGAUGUGGAUAUCAGGCGAGAUCUGUACGCCAACAUUGUGCUCUCAGGUGGCACGACCAUGUUCCCGGGCAUCGGAGAGCGCAUGACCAAGGAGCUGACUGCACUUGCGCCCGCCACCAUGAAGAUCAAGGUUGUGGCCCCGCCUGAGCGAAAGUACAGUGUGUGGAUUGGCGGAUCCAUUCUGUCCUCUCUGAGCACCUUCCAGCAGAUGUGGAUCUCCAAGGGGGAGUACGACGAGAGUGGCCCCACCAUCGUCCAUCGCAAGUGCUUUUGA